UAAUUAUAUGAAAAUGAAUGCAAGUGGAAUAGUACAAAGUUUGAGGGAGAAAAGUAUAAAUAUGAGAAAGAUAUAAGAGGAGUACUGAUAACAAAGAAAUCCACCAAUUAACCAACAAAACUGAAAAUGGCGCUACAAAUCCACUGUCCUUCCUCUUUCACAACCAAACCCUAUCGUCUUCCUCUUCACUCCUCCACUAAAACCCACUUCAGGAUCAAGUCCCAGAACCAAUUGGACCCAUCGGAAUCCACCAUCAAGGUCACCGAGACCACGGUCCAGCCCAAGAAAUCCACCUCACAGGGACUGGGGUUUGGUUCCUCUGCUUCGUCUCCAACCAAAGAGAAUGCGGCCCAAUUGAGUACUACUACUGCUACUAAUAAGAAACGUAAGAGUAAACGAGAGAGGGCUUCCAUUAUUCGGAGGUCUCCGGUCGAAAAGCCGGCUUUUGGCUCAGUAGAGGAUGAUGACGAAAAGGCCAAAGAAACCGGCAGAAAUGAGAGUGCUUUUCUCCUGACAUGGUUGGGGCUUGGUGUGAUAAUUCUUACUCAAGGCAUCAUUCUCUCUGCUUCAGGUUUUCUGCCAGAAGAAUGGGAUAAGUUCUUAGUUAAGUAUCUGUAUCCAACAUUUACUCCAACAGUUGGUUUGUUCAUUGCUGGAACCGUUACAUAUGGAGUGUUGAAGUACCUACAGAAUGAGAACCUCAAAGAUCAGAAGUAAUAUUUAUUUGACUUCAUCUACAACUUUCAGGUAUAAGGAGAUAUCAUAAUACGUUAAAAUUAUGAACAUGCAAUACUAUUCUUAGGCUGUAUUUGUUGUGGCUUUCAUGCCAUAAAGAGAUGAAUGUGAAAAUAGUUGAACAGAUUUCGCCUGCCUUCACUGUAUCAUUCCGAAAUUCUAGUUAGAUAUAUUGCCCAGUUAUUUAACUCUUUUCACAUUUUGUUAUAGAUCAUGUUCUGUCAGAUCAUAUUUCAAUAUCAAUAUAUUACCAUAAGCUUACCAA